CGCGCGCGAGGUUUUGCGCGACGCCUGCAACGGCUGAGCCCGGGAGCCGAGCGAGCCAGCGACGACGCCCAGGGCGCGGAGCCUCCGGGGGCGGCUUCACCGCGUUAGGGUCCCUUGAGGCGGCCGGGGCUCCUUCCCGUCCUGCCCGGAUCGCCGCCUGCGCCUCUCUGCCGCCUCCACCGCGGUGCCCGUCUCGCCAAGCAGCCGCGCCGCCAUGGGCAGCCACAGCUCCAAGGCCGCCAAGGGGGACGUGAUGGCCCAGGACGCCACCGGCGACGCCUCGCCCUCCAAGUCCAACGGCCAGGAAAACGGCCAUGUGAAAGUCAAUGGGGACAUGUCCCCUAAAGCCGACGGGGAGGUGAGCUCCCUGAAUGGCAGCAGCUCAGCAGAGGCCCCCAAGGAGCUUGCCAAGGCCGAGGCGGGCAGCGGAGAUGCCAUAGAGCCAGCCCCAGUGGCCGAGGGUGAAGCCAAACCGGAUGGAGCUGCUUCCGCCAGUGCUUCCAAACAGACCCCCAAGAAGAAGAAACGGUUCUCAUUCAAAAAAUCCUUCAAGCUGAGCGGCAUUUCCUUUCGGAAAGCCAAAAAGGAAGCUGGCGACGCAUCGGCUGCUUCCUCUCCCAGCGAGGAGCAGCAGGAGAAGGCCGGAGCAGCGGAGGCUGAGGACCAGUUGGCCACGGCUGCCACCGAGGAGGGGGAGGAGGCCAGUGCGCCCCAAGAGGCGGCAGCGGCCCCCGAGGAAACCCCUGCUACAGCCGCUGCUCCCGACAACGAACCGGUGGCCAAGCGGCAAGAUGGCAGCGAGGGUCCAGCAAAGGAGGGGGAACAGCCACCGCCACCUUCCAGCGAGAGUCAGGGGGAUGUAAAGCCAGAUGAGACCUCAACAUCUGCGGAGGUGGAGCCUAGUGCUGCGGCUGACGCUGCGGCUGCUGUCGCUGCUGAACAGAAAGAAGAAUAGAGCCUGGCUGCCUAUCACCUGCCCAUCCAAAAGAGACUUGUCUGUGCCAUCCUUCCAAUCCCAACAACCCCACGGAACUGCUGCCUUGACCACAUGCCACACAUGCCCGGCACACACACAGGCCUUCUGCAUUGAGCCGGAGCUUUGUCUCUCCACAGUGUCCUCCCCACACACACUGAAGGAAAAGAGAAAAAACUGACUUGGCCUAGGGGGCCCCUCCAACAGGAAUUCUAAAGCCCCUCUUAAAACUAUAUGGAGAGAUAACUGACCCUGGACAGAAACUGGAAUUUGCUCCAUUUGAGACUCCAGCUAUUAACACCAAGUUCUUUUUCCUCAGAUCUUCUGUUUCUACUUAUCUUCAAAAGCAGCUCUUCUUUUUCUCCAAAAAGUCCAACAAACCAGCAACAAAACGGAUAUUCUUGGUUUACAUUCCUGGUUCUGACUUCAUUUACAAAUAUUUUGUGCUUUUUAUAGAAACAACUGUUUAAAAAGCUAAUCUGGUUAGUUUUUUAUAAUGUCUUGCUCUUGGCUUUAAACCAUAAAGCGUAUAAGUCUGUUGUGUUUAACUUGACAUCAGAGGGAGAACUACUUUGGGUUUAUUUAGGGGUGGGGGAAACCCCUGGGGAGGGGGUGGGAGGGGGUUGAGGGCGAGGGCUGGCUGUAUGAUGUGACUUUAAAUUUUCGUUUCCUUGUCUUUGUAAAUAAUUUUUAAUGACCCUACUUCUGAUUUGCAGUUUUCUAACUCCUAAACAAAAGUAGUAUGGGUCUUAUUGUAACAUUUGAAAAGAAUAAAUGGUGACCCCUU